GGUUGAAUCACAAAACAAUGAUCGCGCAAGCGCGUUUUAUGAUUAGACAAUACAAAAAGAAGACAAAUAUCUAUAUAUGAUUAUAUUACAUUUACUUGGUAAAUAAUCACAUAAUAUCUUUCUUAUUGUAAUUUUAAAAUACAGAAAAUACAAAUCUCUAAUUAUUGCUGUAUCUUGGCUGAAACGCAGAAACAAUCAUUUCCAGUCAUUUGAAUCGUUUCAAGUUUGAAGACAAAUUUAUAUUACAUAUAUAUAUACAUACAGUAACUAUUUGUAUAUAUAAAUUGAUCAUUGAAAAAGUAUAAAUAUUGCAAAAUGUAUAAAUCAAGUCAAGAACCUGAUAUACCAGCUGCGUUAGGUUUGUUAACACAUUUAAGUAACGAAGAGUUAAAGGAUAUAUUAAACGACGAUAGCAAAUUCGAAGAUAUUGUUAAGGACAUAAAGCAGUUUAAGGAACUUGAAACGGAAAAAGAAGUACUUAUGGCAAGCAACAGAUCGUUGGCAGAAUUUAAUCUUUCGAAACAACCCGACUUGGAAGAAGGUAAACGAAUGCUAAAAGAACUUAGCGAAAAGGGACAACGAUUAUGUCUCAGCGUUAAGGAAAAACUCAAUGAGAUUAAGGAGAGAUCAGGAAGUAUGACGGUCGAUACGGCAUUAGAUCUUUUGCAAGCAGCUGCAGCAGAAAUCGAAGAGGAAUCAGAGAAAACAGCAGAAUCAUUUUUAGCCGGUGAUUUAGAAGUGGAUGAAUUUUUAGAACAAUUUUUAUCGAGAAGAAAAUUAAUGCACUUACGUAAAGUUAAAGUCGAUAAGAUUAGAGAAAUAAUGCGAAAGUCAUCGCAUACUGCAUCUUAUUUUUCUUCAAACUUUCCUGGAAUGGCACCCUCCAUACCAUAUCCAACGGGACCUGUAUCAAUGCCGAUGCCCUUACCAUCUGGUCCUUCUCUUUAUAGGCCAUAUUGAACAUGAAUUGUACAUAAUACAUUAAUCUAAUUCGUCCACUGUAGUACGUCCAUGUUAAAAAAAAAAAUGAUAAAAGAUGCUGCAAUCUAAUGCUUCCAUUUCUUCAACUUUCUUGUGGAGGUCGUAAUAUUGUCAAGCGUAUUAGUAUUAUCAUUUCAUUGGAUAUUAAGAAAAUGUAUUCAUCAUUAAAACACUAAGAAAUACUUUUUUCAAAUGUAAUUAUCUACAAUAAUUUACAUUAUAUGUAGGUGUGCUCCAUAUACUAGUAAUCUAAGUUUAACUUAAAAUAAAAUUACUACUUUUGGAUAAUUCUACUAUGUCGCAAUAUAUUUUAAACUAGAUUUUGUGUUAAUUUUUUUUUUUCGGUUCAUCAUAAUUGGCAUGUGUGUUUAAUUGAAUAAUUAAAUAAAUUAUUACGA